CAAAAGGCAGACUUCUUUGUGCUGGAGGGAAGCUUUCAGUGGUCGCUGCUGCUGAGGGGAGAAUGGAGGUUCUGAGGAGAAGUCUUCUGUUUGCCGAGCUGACAUUGUUUGCGCUAUGGAGUGUGAGUUUUUCUUCAGAAAUGAUGAGAGACCAGGACCAGACCGUCAUUGAUCUCCUGGAAGCCCUAAACAUCACCAGCUUGUCUCGAGGAAUCACAAAGGCCAGAGGUCAUGACCCCAGCAUACCAGCCUGGCGUUUUCGUUCCCGUACACCUCACCUGACCCUGCCUCUGAAAUUUACACACCACCUUAUGAGCUUGUGGCAGGGCUCUUUAAGUUUGCAUCUGAUUGGCCAGCAGGCUAAAGGCUCUGAGGCGACCCUUAUUUCUCUGAGCUCUGCACAUGCGUCACCCUUGUUUCAGCUCAUCUCUAACACUCAGGAGGAUUUUCUGCAACUGGAGUUCCACUCUAAUCAGAGUGGGAAAUCAGAGGUGCUAAAUAUCACCGGGGGAAAUCCUUUCUCAGGUGGUAAGUGGGUGAGGAUUGCACUGAGUGUGGUGCCUGGUCAUGUGCUGCUGUACCAGGAAUGCAAGGAGGCAACAGUACUGCAGCUCAAAGGUCAACCUCUGAAACUCAGCCUUCCUCAGGACCUGCAGGUCACCUUCUCCAGCACCCCUGAGGACAAGGCCAGCAAAUUCAAUGGCUGCUGGCAGACUGCAGAGCUUUCUAUCAGACCAUAUGAAAGUCGUCCAUGGCUCUGUGACAACAUAACAGACCAGCUACCCAAGUCUUUUCCCACAUCAGGAGCAGUAAUGACAUCUGCUCCUGAGCACAGGCCUGUAGAGUCACAGCAGGUGGUACAGGAUCAGCCAGAUCGGACAGUUAGCACAGUGCUGGGACCCCAAGCGUUACCACUUUCCAGACCAGGAAUUAGGGAACCUAGCCAAUGUCCCGAUCAUCUUAAGGAGACAAUAGAAAGUAUGACCUCCAUGCUGAAUAUGCUUAAAGCCCAGAAUGAAGAUCUGCAGGCACGAGUACGGUAUUUGGAGUCAUGUGAGUGUGUGAGAAGAACUUGCACCUGGAAUGGCCAUGAUAUGGAGGAGGGGGCUCGCUGGGCAACUGACAGUCGCACCGUGUGUUCCUGUGUGUCUGGGAAAGUUCAGUGUGCCGUGUCAAAUGCAUGUGACCUAGAUGGCCGCCCCUACUAUGACCCCUUCAGUACUGUUGACGGCUGCCAAACAUGCACUUGCAGGAAUGGUGAUGUGUCAUGUGUUGACACGCAGAAGUGUGCUGUUUCAUGUCAGGAUGGUGUAAAGCCUGCAUUUGGCUCCUGUUGUCGGGACUGCUCUCGUUGUGAUUAUCAGGGUGAAAUUAUUCCUGUUGGAGCCUCAUUCUCUGACCAUGGUGAUCCCUGUAAAAAAUGUGUCUGCCACGAGGGCAAUGUGGUGUGCAGCAGUGUGUCUUGUUCCAAGCUUGACUGCACUUUGUUGGAAACUGUUGGGGGAGAAUGUUGUCCCAGGUGUCGAAGUUGCAUCCAAAAUGAUGUGCGCUACCAGCACGGCUCUGAAUGGCAGCAUCCAGAAAAUUCGUGCAGUGUCUGUACAUGCACAGAGGGACAAGUUCAUUGUACAUCAAAAGCAUGUAACACACCUUGUACAAGUCCAGCAUCUGUCCCAGGAAUCUGCUGCCCUGUGUGUGAUGGGUGUGGCAUGAAUGGGCUUAAUUACCUUAAUGGGGAGCAAGUUCCCAGUAGAGAUCGAUGUGAGCAGUGUGUGUGUGUGAAUGGAAACGUCCACUGUCAGCCUCUCACUUGCCCUGCCACACCAUGUUCACAUCCUGUCAGAAAAGCAGAUGACUGCUGUCCAAGGUGUGAGCAGUGUGAUUAUGAGUCUGAGCUAUAUCUUGAUGGGCAACGAUUUUCCUCCAAAUCAAAUCCUUGCUUGAGCUGUCAAUGUUUAGCUGGAGAGGUGGUGUGUGAGCGAACAGAAUCUUCAUGCCCCCCUCUGUCCUGUACACACCCAGCCAAACAACCUGGCAGAUGCUGCCCUACAUGUGACUACUGUGACUUUGAUAACCGAGUGUUUAUUGACGGAGAGACCUUUCCGAGCCCCGUGAACCCCUGUCAGGAGUGCGUGUGCACAGGUGGACAUGUGGACUGCCAUCAGGAGUGUCCCAGACCCAACUGCCAUUAUCCUCGUCCAGGGACCUGCUGCCAGAAUAACUGCAACGGUUGUAGCUACGCUGGUAAGGAUUUUCCAAAUGGUAUGGAGUUUUCUCACCCAACAGACAAGUGCAGGGAAUGCCACUGCUUUAAUGGCAAUGUGCAAUGUCUGAUGAAAAGAUGCCAUCCUGUAAAAUGUGGUGAUCCAUUUAUGACACCAGGAGAGUGCUGUCCUCGUUGUCCAGCACCACCUGCUGACUGUGUUUACGAGGGAUCCUCUUACAGACACACCCAGCAUUUCUACCACCCCAUGGACAGCUGCCAGUCUUGCUUCUGCACCAACGGGACAGUGAACUGCAAUCGGAAGCCUUGCCCCUUCGUGCACUGCUCCCACCCUAUCCUGGAGGAGUGCUGCCGCACUUGUGAUGGAUGUAUGUACAAUGGCAUAGAGCACUCAAACGGAGCAGUGUUUACAGACAUCUCAGACCCCUGUGGAAUGUGUGUGUGUCGUGAAGGCACUGUGACAUGUGAGAGGAGACGCUGUCCACCCAUUACCUGUCCUUUUCCUGUACAGGAGGAGUGCUGUCAGAGCUGUAAUGGUUGUAAGUAUGGUGGAAUAGAUUACUUAAGUGGACAGGAGUUUCCGGACCCAGCUGACCGCUGUAACCACUGUGUGUGUAUGAAUGGCCACGUGACCUGCAGCAAGAAACCCUGUUACAAUCCAGGCUGCUCUCACCCUGCAACCAUGCCUGGACACUGCUGUCCUGUGUGUGAUGGCUGUUCCUAUAAUGGUGUUCUUCUGCUUAAUGGACAAGCUGUACCGGACAGGACCGAUCCUUGUUCAGAGUGCCUAUGCAGGGCAGGUACGGUUCAGUGUGCAAGAAGAGUUUGUGCCGCUGCUUCAUGUCCUUAUCCUGUCAGUGGAAGUUGUGGUUGCCCUGUCUGUGAAGGCUGUCUAUACCAAGGAGGGGAUUAUGCUGAUGGAGAGCUUUUUCCAGCUCCCACAUCAGCUUGUGAGGAAUGUACAUGUACUAAAGGCAAAGUGAGUUGUACUCCUAAGACCUGCCAUGAGGUUACAUGUCCCCACCCUGGAGUUGACCCGUGUGGUUGUGCCGUGUGUGAUGGCUGUAAUUUCCACAACAGACAGUGUAUAAAUGGAGAGCCGUUUCCGGAUCCUGAAGACCACUGCCAGCACUGCACAUGCUUGAAUGGUGAUGUGUCGUGUGUACCUGUGCCAUGCCCUUCACUGUCAUGCAGAAGGCCAGUGAAGCCUGCUGGAGAGUGCUGCCCUGUGUGUACAGGCAGGUGUGAGCAUUUGGGUCAGGAGUAUGAGAGCGGCUCCACUUUUAUCCCGGGCACUGAUCGCUGUAUGUCCUGCACAUGUCUGAAUAAAGUCGUUUCGUGCCAGAGGAAGCCCUGUGCUCAGCAGUGCACACACCCUGGACGGUUUACAGACUGUUGCCCAGUGUGUGACGUAUGUCUGUAUGAAGGAGUGCAGUACGUACACACUCAGACUUUUACCCCACAGUCUGAUCCAUGUCAGCAGUGUGUGUGUUUGAGUGGCAGUGUAACAUGCACACGGGUCAGCUGCCCCAUCAUCACCUGUGAGAACCAAGUCACCCCUCCAGGACAGUGUUGCCCGCAGUGCAGAGUGUGUAUGCAGCAUGGUUUAGAGUACACAGAGGGGCAAAGUUGGAGUCUUCUCAGUGACCCUUGCUCAUGGUGUACUUGCCUGGGUGGCAAGGCUAAGUGUAUUGGUCCUGAGUGUGCAGAUCUCAGCUGCAUGCACCAGGUUACUGAUUCCUGUUGCCCACGCUGUCGAGGCUGUGUGUAUGAUGGCAUUGAGCAUGCUGAGGGCAGCACGUGGUUUGCCUCCAGCAGUCCCUGUAUGUCCUGCAUGUGUGUGGAUGGAGUGACCACCUGCUCGGAAAUCCAGUGUCUCUCCCCCUGUGUUAAUCAGAUCAGUGUGCCUGGAGAGUGCUGUCCUCUGUGUGCAGAUUGCAUCUAUGAUGGUCAUGUGUAUGGACCAGGAGAGAAUUUUCAUCCAUCUGAAGAUCCAUGUCAGAUCUGCACCUGUGAGGUCAUGCCAGAUGGACAGCAACACCUGCGCUGCUUCAAGAAGCAGUGCCCAAGCCUGGUGGGCUGCCCCAAACACAACAUCCUGUUCAGCGGUCCUGACUCCUGCUGUCCAGUCUGUGCACAACCCCUCAGUAACUGCACUGCUGCACUGAUAGGAAAUGAAGUUCUUGCUUCUGAUGACCCAUGCUUCACUUGCCACUGCAAGGAUCUAACAUGGACGUGCAUCCAUCAGGCCUGCCCCCCUCUCAACUGUCCUGCAGAUGAACAGUACAUACCACCUGACUUCUGCUGCCCUGUCUGUGACGUGUGCGUGGUGGAGGGAGGAAGAGGACGGGUGCGCCAUGGUGAGACCUGGACCGACAGUGAAGAUGAUUGCAUCACCUGUUCCUGUAAUCAUGGGCACAUAGAGUGCAAUAUAGAGGAGUGUGCUCCCAUUAUUUGCCAGGAUGGACUGAUCAAAAUCAAAAGCCCAGGAAGGUGCUGUUAUGAAUGCCAAGAUGUCAUUGUGCAAUGUGUGUAUGAGGGGCAGGUAUAUAACUCUAAUGAACACUGGGAUGUGGAUGAGUGUACUUCCUGUACCUGUGUGUCUGGUGACGUGCACUGCCAGACUGAGAGAUGCCCAGCAGUUUCUUGUGCCUCGGAUGAAACUCCUUCUCUGAUUCCUGGGAUGUGCUGUCCACACUGUAUCCCUCGCCCCGCUACAUGCUUAGUGUUUGGAGACCCUCACUACCGCACAUUUGAUGGCAAGAUGGUGAACUUUCAGGGGGCGUGUACGUACGUCCUGGCCCAGGACUGUGAAGGUGGAGACUUCAGUGUUCAUGUGACUAACGAUGACCGUGGUCGUAAGGGAGUGUCCUGGACUAAAGAGGUGACCGUCUACAUUGGGGAUGUUGUGGUACAGUUGCUGCAGGAGUGGCUGGUGAAGGUCGACCAUCAAACUGUCUCACUUCCAUUUCUUAAAGAGCCAUAUGUCUACCUAGAGAGAAAAACCAACAAUAUUCUCCUCAACACUAACAUUGGAUUAAAGGUUUUAUGGAAUGGUCGUUCUCAUUUGGAGGUGAGUGUUCCAGGCACGUAUAAGAAUCACAUGUGCGGCCUGUGUGGCAACUUCAACAACUACCCACAGGAUGACAUGAGACUGCGCACUGGCCAGAUUAGCACCUCUGAGGCGACCUUUGGAAAUAACUGGAAGGUGGGCAGUGGAAAUAACUCCAGCAAGCAGUGUUCUGAUGCAAGAAAUAUUGACCCAUGCAAAGAAGCUGGCUAUUUUGCACGUAAAUCAGCUAAUAGCCGCUGUGCCAUGCUUAAGUCUUCAGUAUUCGAGCGCUGUCAUAAAGUUGUGCCUCCUGAGAUGUUCUUUGCUUCAUGCGUAUAUGACUUAUGUGCCUGUGGCUCCAAUACAGAUGAGUGUGUGUGUGAUGCUCUAGAGGCUUAUGCAUCUGAGUGUCGUGAGGCUGGAGUUGUCUUGCACUGGAGAUCUCCUUCACUUUGUGCUGUUGGCUGUCCUGUGGACCGUGGAUACAUAUUUGACGAAUGUGGCCCACCGUGUCCUAAAACCUGCUUUAACAAGGACGUGCCUCUGGGUGUGAUUGAAGAGCACUGCUUUAAGCCUUGUGUGCCAGGCUGCCAAUGCCCAGCCGGACUGGUGGAGCAUGAGGCCCACUGCAUUACCCCUGAGAAGUGCCCCAAAAUCAUUUAUGGAAGCUCCUAAGCUUUGCAAAGUUGCCCUCACAGCAAUUAGGACUGCAUCUGAAAAAAAAAAUCACUCUUGUACGAGGUUCAGUAUGAUAUUCAUAGUGAUCACAAAUCACCUUUCAAUUAAGCAGUGUAUUUUAUGUAUUUUGUCCCAGGUACAUGGUUCAUGGGUGCUAGAUAUUCUUUAUUACAUCUGGAAAUAACCAUUUAUAUCCAGCUUCACUUCACUGUACAUGUUAUUGGUGCUAUUUUUGAUGAAGAAAUGGAAAUGUUCACUCUGGUAAGUCAUAUUUUACUGUGUUUUUUCAUGUUUUUCCCCUUUUUGUUUUCCUUUGGAUAUUCCUUUGGAUAUUAUUGAACAAAAAUAAUUUUUCAUAUUACAUUAUGUAAUUUAAGCUACAUUUAAGUAACUGACAGGGACACCUUCUAAAUGGGCAUUAUUAUUACUGCACUGAUAAUCAGUAACAAUCACUGUAUUUGUCACUGUACUCUUUUUAAGAUUACUAUGUAUGUCAUAAUAUUAAACAAUCUUUUACACACCAUUAUCUUUUUUAUUCAUUGUACUGUGCUUAAAUAUUGUAGCUAACUAAAGUGCUGUAUUAACUGUAUAUUUGUGGGCAACAUA